AUGUUUGAAAAGCUGAAACCUAGCUCGCAAGUAACCUCUUGGGACAACUUGGGCGGUGCUGCAAAUUCUGCAAAUGAGAUACACACGCCAGAAGUGCAUACGGAUUCGCCACAGGGCAAUUCUUUGCUGGCGCAGGCGUUGGCCAUGAAGUCUGAAGAAAAAAUUGCACCGGUGAUGGCGGCAAGACUCUAUUGGAAGUUUGUUGGGAUGUCUCACAAAUGGACAAAAGAAGUUGAGCUGCUUAGCCUGAACAGUUGA